AUGUCGGUGUUAAAGAAAGAGAUGGAGAAGUAUAGGGACAUAGACGAGGACGAGCUGCUGAAGAAACUGUCAGAGGAGGAGCUGCAGCGAUUAGAGGAUGAACUAGAGGAGCUGGAUCCUGACGUAAGUUUAUAAUAUGAAGGCCAUAAAGAGGGGUUUGUGUCACUAUGUUGGUGUAUAUGGAAAAUUAUGUGGUCAUUUAGGCCAAACAGAGCCCUCUGAAAUGAUGCACUGCGGUACGCUGUAUAUUUCUAUACACCUGUGUUUGCAUUGAAACCACGGUAAGCUUCUUCCUGCUGCAUCAGUGCCCUGAAACAUACUCAUGAGUAAAUAGUUAUGGUACAAAGGUGACAAGAGUUUUGAAUGCUAUUCGGACAAAACUAACCGCUCAGUCAAGUCAGCCAUUCCCCCAAUUUUACUGAACUCAUUUCAUUACUCUUUACUAUUGAUGCACUGCGCUGCCAUCUUGGAUUAUGACGUUGUUGUCAAGUCGGGGUCACUUGGAAAUCCCAACUUUCGAGUACAACUGGAAUGUAGCAUAUAAUGUUUUUUAUGUUUUUGUUGAUGUUGUUGUUGUUGUUUACUAGCUUGUGAAAACUUUAAUUGUUGCUUGGUGUUGACUGGCUUUUUGAUCAGGUGUGUGUGGCUUUGGGCACUUGAAGCCCACCUUUAAUCAAUGGAGAGGUCAUACCAGUUUUGACUAUUUGAUAAUAAUUUAUUACUCAGCUGUGUUAAACACUUGAUUCUGAUUGGCCAGGCUGUUAUUUAUGCAUGACAAACCCUAACUAUAAAUAGCAAACGGUUGCCAGGGACCAUCAGUCAGUGGAGAGAAAUGCAGCAUAUUUAACCUGUGCCUGUUGACACUGUGGCAAAAAAGUUCUGUUUCCAUUGGUAUUCUUAUUCAGUAAACAUCAUGACUAAUGCUUUUAAAAUCACUUUUGAUUUUCACAGAAAAUAGGAGAGGACUGAAACAGGGUAGAAACAGAAAGAGAUGUUUAAAGAGCAAAAAGGUGGAGAUGCCAUGCCGAAAGGAGUCAGAAUUUAUUUGAUGUCAGUGUAACUGAAAAAUGAAACUGUUAUAAAGACUAAUGACACACAAACUGUAAGCUAGAGAAAUCUACGGUCUAUAUUUUUCUAACUUUGUUUUUGUAGGACUUCCUCUAUCAUUUACAGAAUCUCUCCUUUGUAUCCUGCAUCUGUGAGUUAGUGUGGUACAGAAUCAAUCACACGUUGGUUAUACCUGAUGGUGUUUAGUACUCUUGCUCUUUGAUGAUGUGUUUAUUUCUAAAGUACUGCCAGCUUCAUACUCUCAGUGUUUAUCAUGGGUUGAGAUGGUGACAGCAGCUGUAAUAGCUCUCUGAUGAAUGUUUGACUGCUUGAGGAGAGGCCAGAUUUUCCCUCAAUGCCAAGUGGAUGACAGGAAGGGUAUCAUGUGCUGGGCUCAGUGUGUGUGUGUGUGUGUGUGUGUGUGUGUGUGUGUGUGUGUGUGUGUGUGUGUGUGUGUGUGUGUGUGUGUGUGUGUGUGUGUGUGUGUGUUGGCGAGGCUGAUGCCAGCAGUGAGUGAGCGGAGGGACCCGGUGACGUAAACAGACGAAGCAGAGAGAGGCAGUGUGUGCGUGAGUGCUUACCUUGUUUGUGCCUGUUUAUAAGGGUAACCAGUUGCACAACUGUUCAGUGCUGCUUUGCCGUGAAACACCCUGGAAACUUCCCAGCAUGACGUCCCGUAUCAGAUCCAGUAAUCACUCGUAAAGGCCUCACAGAGCAGGACAAAAAAACACGUCUGCCAGCUGUGCUGAUGUUAAAGAACAAUCAAUUUAUUUUCACUUCACAAAGAGAAGAGGCAGUACGGUCUGACCUAGAAACACAAACCAUACAAAUCACUGCACAGUUUAGCUUGGAUUCCUUUUGCAAUUUAUCUGAAACACGGUCUCUUUUUUCUGGUACUGCUGAAAAAAAAUCUAAAUUCUCACUAAGUUUACAAUUCUGAACUUUUCCUUAAACUUUGAAACUUAGAACUGCACUUGUUUAGUUUUCUUUCGGACAUCUCCCAGCUCAUGGUUUUCAUAUUAAAGCGAGCAAUGAGUGUUUUAGUACAGCCCAAAGUUUUUUUGUGAUAUUAGUAGACAGCAAACUGUGACAAAGCUGAAGAGAAUAUAGUGUAGCAUUUGAUUGCUUAAGAGGGGAGAUUUUUUUUCUGGAAAGAGACCAAACUGUUGAAAAUAGACUAAAAAACAUAUCAUGGCUUGAAAACACACAUUUAGAAGACUUUUAAUAACUUCUAUUCCUCUGUUUCUGCUGGUUUUUAUUAGGAGUGCUUCAGUAUGAAUAUAUAUGUAUGUCAAUGGUAGUGCCAAGAAGUGAAAACGAAAGAAAUGAGUUAUUGCAGGUUUAAAACAUUUACCACUUCUUUCUUUAAGCUUCUGUGAGAAACUUCUGGUUUGUAUUGAUUUUGGUGCCUCUUGUAGACGAAGCAGCGCCUGGUGUCUCUUUAAUGAAGUCCUUUCGGCCUAUGAGGACGUUUUUGGACAAAAAGUAAUUCAGUGCAUUUAUUGAUGUAUUGACUAAGUGAAACUAGACCUUUAACAUUCUAUAACACACCCAUCUUACUUAUUUUCUCCAAACUGAAACUGGUCAAGUGUUCUGUACAUACUCCGGUGUUUGCACAUUGGGCUUUGAGUAACACUAAUGUGUUUCUAGAAAUCCAGGUAGUAAAAAAAACUUUGACAGAAAAAAAAAGGACGUAAGAGAAGACAAAACUUACUUAUUGUACAAACAAACAAUUGUGUGUUUUCAUAACUUAAUGUGCAUCCCAUUAGCGUCUUGUGAGCGAGUACCGUCAAUCGUUUUAAUACAUGAUAUGACAACCAGGAGAUGACCCGAUAGUAAGGGAGCAUGUCACCUCUCACAAAAGGAAAGGCAGACAUACUUCUGUCAAUAACUCAAACCCAGGGGCAACCUGGGUCAAGGACAGCACUCCAGUUAAUUCUAAUCAGGCUCUGACUGUAGCUGACUUGACUGAUUGCCUGCUGUCCUUAAGCAGUGGAACACAUCAUGAUUCUCUGCGGGGAAAAAGUAUGAAAUAACAAUAAGGGCUGUUUCAAUCAUAGACUGUAUAUAGAAUUAACACCAUCUGCCUCCUUUCUGGUUGAAGCCACCCCGAGAAACAGCACCCUCUGGUGACGGACUGCAGUAUAGGUCAUAAAUCCCGCCUCUGCCAGCAAUCCUUAUGGAGCUGUGGACAAACUUUAGAAAAUCAUUACACAGAAUAUAAAUCCCCCGAUGUUGACAUGUAGUUAUUGUAAGACUGGUUUGUGCUCAAGUCCUCUUUUUUUCUGUACAGCUCCAUUUUUAAAAACUAUUAGGGGGUUCAUGUUUUCUAAGAUUGACUCUUGAUACAGCCUAUGGGCAUACAAAGAUUGUGUAGCUCACCCAGUGGAUACGUUGUUGGAGCUGAGCGUCAUCACAGAAACUCUCGGCGACUCUUCCGCCGAAUGCGAAUGUCAGUUUCAGGAAGUGGAGAAAAAACGCAGAAUAACUGAGAGCUUUUCAGCUUCAAGUCUGUAUACUGGCGGAAGGCGGAACCAAGUUGUUCAUAGUAUAAACAGUCUAUGGUUUCAACAAUGCGCUCCAACUCACCUCAUCUGCCACCUACUUGGCGUCAGUGGUUACAGGCUUUAAAAGUAACUUUUAUUCUUAUAAUUGUUUUUAGGUCGGGAGGCUUUGGUUUAAAUGUAGUCUGUUUCAUAACCAGCUAAAACUCCUCAAGUUUUUAACUCUAAUGUAUCAAAAAUCUUAUAAGAGACACCCAGUAUCUCAGUGUAUGAUGGUAUGGACUGUUCAUGUUACAUUUAUGUGCUUAAACAUGAGCACCAUGGCCGAAAGAGGAGGAGAGAGAUGAAAGUCAGAUUGGCUGGAGAUGGACUGACGGGGAAAAGAGCCAGAGAAAAAUACAGUUAAAAGGACAGGAGUCUCAGGCUGGUAAAAAUAACAUGCAGGACUGGAAGUGUGCCUGUUAUCUUUAGCUAGAGAACCCGUGACAUAAAAAGCUUGACAGUGACGGCGUGAUAUAGUCCGGGCUACUCUAUAAAUACUGCUGUAAGUCACGUGAACAUUUAUGGAGCACUAAUGGAAAGACUGAUACAGGAGACAAAGGAGAAUGUACAUUUGAACUAAACAAUCGUGGUCAUGGUCUGACAGUGUAAAUAGUUUGGUAUUAUUUGAAAAAUUGUGUAUACUUUGAUUGUAUUAUUCUUUGAAGAGUAAAAGGAGAGGAGUAAGGGUUCGAGAAGAAGAGACUGAGAGAAAGUUAGGAGAGAGAGAAAGAGAGAGAAGUUGGAGUGCUGAGAGGGCAGAUAAGAUAUAAAGCUAUUAGUAGCACUCUUAAGAUCUGGUUUUUGCAUUUCGCUUUAGGUUGAAAAUAACAUGGUGAGUAGUGAAGCACUGGGAAAUGUCUCUACACUGUGUUCGUCUGGAAUAGUGAGAAAGAGGGAUGUGGGAGUUACAUUAAACAGAACAAAGAUACUGUACCACCAUCACUCUCCGUGGCUUUGAUUUAAUCCUGUAAUACUUGACCUGAGGAAAGCCUCUAAAGUUCAGAGAACCAUAAUGAGAAAGAGUCUCUUCUGUACCCUGCUCCUGCAGGAAUAUUUACAUCUCCAUGCAGCUCUCCUUCUCGGGCUUUACAAACUUAGUGGCUCACUCAUCAGAUCUGUCGCCACAGCAUGGACUGCAGGACAGUGUCUCAUUUUUCUUUCCAGAGAUAGUUUAGGUUCAGUAGCUCCUCAGGCUGCCCUCAUGUCUGUGCUUUAUUCCUGUACACGGCUCUGACAUAAAACAAUUUGAUCUGGUGGGAUCAGGUCGUCUCCUCUGGCUUGGCCAUUUUGAACUAAUUGUUGUGGGGUUUCGACCAAUCAGAAUCAAGUAUUUAACACAGUCAUGUCAAAUGAUAAAUAACCUGAAACCAGUUAUUCUUUAUUAGAUGUUGGUGGAUCUCAAAUCCAUUAUUGUUAUACAGGUUACUCAUUCAGACAAAUAUAGUUGAUAAUAAAUGUUUUAAAGUUAACGUGGUCUUUAAUGAAGCACGUUACUGAUUUGUUUGAAAUCCUAAAACAUUUGUUUAAAGUAAGACCAAUUCUAUCAAAUAAAUAACCAAAACAUCACGUCUUUAUCUAGAAUGCAUUGUUGCCUGCUGGGAUGCGACAGAAAGACCAGACGAAGAAAGCUCCCACGGGAACAUUUCAGAGAGACAAUCUCAUCGCCCACUUGGAGAAACAGGCAAAGGAGCAUCCUGACAGAGAAGACCUGGUGCCCUACACAGGAGAAAAGAGAGGUAAGGAAAACUACUCUAAAUACGUAUAUUAUCACCAACUAGACGGUUCUAGUUCAGAUAUUUAAAAAUUCUAAUAAAAAUAAUAACAACUAGCUAACUCUGAUGGGCUCGCGCUGUGUCACACAGCCACCUCUGUGGACCAUCUCCCCCUUUUGUUCGUCCUGGAGUCCAUCAUAAAUGACACUGAUUCCAUAGGUUUGGGUCACACGCAGGACCAAGGCUUACAAUUUGAAAUUUUGUAGGGGUGCUGUGAAGCAAUUUUUUGUUGGAUCUCCAUUUUGACAAUGGAGCCCAUUUUGUUUGUCUUGGGGUCCAACAUUAGGUGUCCUUGAUUCCAUCGAUUUGGUUCACACACAGCAGUGAGGCUUACAUUUUGAAAUUUUUUAGGGGGCGCUAUGCAGCCAUUUUUGGUUGGAUCUCCAUUUUGACAUUGAAGCCCUCAAGAGGACGCCCCCCUGAUCUGGGUACCAGAUUUCAUGUGGCUGUGCAAAUCUAUAGCAAUAUAAAAGAUUGCUAUUUUUUUUGGAGACAUUUCAUAGCGCCAUCUAGGAGCAGUUUAACAAAACAAGGUGCUGAUUUUGUAACUUAUCUGGUACCCCAUCAGAUGUGUCCUGAACAAAUCUCAGCUGCAUCCCAUCAAUAAAGAAGGAGUUACAGGCCAUUAACCGAAAAACUCAUUCCUUUCUGCCACCAGGUGGCGCUCCAACAUACAACCGUAAGUUUCAUGUCAAAUUGUCCGGUGCUGGACCGUUAUCAAAUGUGUACCAUUGUUCGUGAAGUUAUACAGGAAACUUCCCGAGCAUGAAAACUAUAGGGUGCGCCAGAGAACCAUCUUUUUAGGGGCACAGCAAAAUACUUGCAUUUGAACCGGGCCCGACCCACCUGCCAAAUUUCAGGAGCAUUCGGCCGCGCAGUCGCCGAGAGUCGCUGUGAUGACACUCGGCUCAAACAGCAUAUCCCCUGGGAGAGCUACUCAAUCCCUGAACGCCCAUAGGCUGUAUCAGGUGUCAAUCAUAGAAAACAUGAACCCCCUAAUAACUUUUAAAAAUGGAGCCGUACAGAAAAAAGAGGAGUUGAGCACAAACCAGUCUUACAGUAACUACAUGUCAACAUCACAACCAGGGGGGAGAAAAAUGUAGGUUCUGUGUAAUAAAUUUCUAAAGUUUGUCCACAGCCCCAUAAGCUUUGCUGGCGGAGGCGGGAUUUAUGACCUAUACUGCAGCCCAUCAACAGAGGGUGCUGUUCUCGGAGUGGCUUCACCCAGAGAGGAGGCAGACUCUGUCCAUUCUAUAUACAGUCUAUAGCCAAAACCUUUCAAAACUUAAAAAAAAAUUUUGGCAAAUCCAAACUUUAUAAGAUUUCAUUCAAUAAACUGAUGAUCCAUAGCUACAAGAUCUGAGAAAAUGCAUUUAAAGGUGCGUUUUUAAGAGCUGUAAAUGUUUUGUCAACCCAUAGCGUAACUGUCUACCUUUAUGUGAGCUUCAUUUAUACUAUUGCAUGUGUCUGGAAGCUCGUAACCCUGAACAAAUACAAGUCCAAAGUUCAUCCAACCCAGAGCAGAAUCUCACUAUACCGCAGCCAGCAGCAUGUGUUUAUAUGGAGGUCAAAAAAUGUCGAGCUGAAACUCUAGAAGCUGUUACACACACACACACACACAAACACACACACACACACACACACACACACACACACACACACACACACAGUGAAGAUAUAAAUCUCUGGGUCUUUACAGUCAGACAGACAUGGUGACGACAGCCCGUGGUCAGGUGUGAUGUGAUGAAGGGUCCUGGGAUCAGAUGGAUCAGAUGUUAUGUAACCCGGCUGGUCAGGACCUCGCAGUGGGAGCUCACCUUACUUGACAUUUACAGUUGAACCAGAAACUGCAGGCUGUCGGUGGAUUAGAUUUCAUCUACUGAUGUAACUAAUUUGUAAGACUUUUAAGAUGUUUUUGCUAAAAACAAGUCUAAAGUGUAUAUGAACUAAAAGUUCAGUUUGUUUAACAUUGACCUGCUGACUCAUGGUCAAACUAGAACUCAUAUGAUUUUAUGUCUUUUCUCUCUCAUCUUAGGGAAAGCUUGGGUGCCUAAAAAGAUUGUGGACCCCAUCAUGGAGAAUGUGACUUUGGAGCCAGAGCUGGAAGAAGCCCUGGCGAGUGCUACUGAUGCUGAACUGUGCGAUAUUGCAGGUAAGAACACCCGCAUCUCCUCACUCUCUCAGUUUCAGAAGUGCAUCAUUCCUUUUAGUUUUAUCUCAUUUUUAUCCAUUUUUUCCCCCAAAAUUACACAUUUUUGACAAUUUUUUUUGUCCUACAUAAAAAAGUUUAUCAUCCAAAAAAGAAAUUUAUGUCAGUUUUACAUCUUCCAGAGUCCUUAUAGUGAUAGCAAUUGAAACAUAAUUCUUAAAGUACUGAUUUUCGUAACAAAUCAAUGAAGACGACAGCGAAAUAUAAAGAAAUGUAUUGAAUGACUUUCAUAGUCUGGAUCAGAUUGGUUAAAUGUACAAAAUUUCAGGUGUUUGAUCACCUGUCAUCAUCUCCUACUAAUCAAUCCAAACAACAUCACAUCCUGUCAUUUACUUAUUUCUCCUCCAUCUUAACAUCCUCCAUUUCCUCCAGAGCUUCCUCCAUCUUACCUUCGCCCUUUCCCUUCAUCCCUCCAUCUCCUAUCUCCUCCAUCCCUGCUGGAUAUCUGUGUUUGCUAGCUGAACAUCAUCCAGGGUAUCUGAACCAUUGCAUGAAGCGAGUCUUGUCCUCAUGUCCGUGUUGGCAGCCUGUGUUAUGCAGACAGUCAACAAAACUGUGCAGGCAGCUCGGUUUACAUUACAAUAUAGGGCAUGACUGUGGUAAAAGUAUUACUGCAUGUACGUGCCGUUCAGAUAAAGAUAGUUCUCAUGAACUUUUUGUAGUUGUUGUUGCAAAACAUGAAAGAGAAUCAAAAAAUGUAUGGUGCUUUAUUGUGAAAAUUGAUAAACAACCUAAGUUUAUGAGCGCUGUUCUAGACAAUAAGGGCCUAUGUCCACUGAUAGCAGCUUUUGUUUGUUUUUUGAACUGUGCAGUGCCCACAACCUUGAUUUCAGUUCAGUAACAUUUUUCUUCGGUUUAUAAUAAAACAUUUAUUUAAAAGAGUGGAAGAAUUGAUGUCCCAGCACUGACAGCAUCUCAGACUUGGAAAUCAAAAUCUCAAAACUACAAAUCUGUUCUGUUACAAUCUUGUUCAUAACGUUGAUGUUGGCAGUCCUGCCCUUUCUUCAUUUUUAUUGGUCGUUUUAGGAACAGCUGUGCUCCGAAAGGUUUAACUUCUUCAACUGAGAGCUCAGUAAUAAAAAUAAACUGACGCAAAGGAUGUUUUUGCCCUGAGGAUUAUAUAACUGUCAGCGGCUGCUGUCAGUGGACACAGGCCCUCAGUGUGAGGGCAGCAUAGAGUCAUAUUCAGUCAUCAUUAUUGGCUUAAUGUGAUGUAAGCUGAAGUAGGGAAUCACUGUAGAUCAAAUCUCAAUGAUUAAUAGACUUUUAAUAUUUAGUCUCUGACGUGUUAAAAAUCAAAAACUGCUGCUUACAGAAAAAUAUGAAAAUGAGAGAUCCAUUUAGAACAAAUUUUAUUCGUGAAGUUGUUGUAGGUAGCAUGCCGUUCCUCUUUCGAGAGCACCUCGUGUUCAUUGACAUUCAUUUUUUUGUAAACUGCACAAUUCUCAUGCUCUCCAUCUUUCUGACAAACAGAUGAGGUGAUAAUCCUCUCUGAAUCAUUUCGUUUAUACAGUGUCCUUAGGGUCGGCGCUCAGUUUAGAAACUUACUUAAGCUCUACUGCUGCAGGGACAUAAAAAGAUGAUGCUCAUGCCAAAGGUGGAGCUGUUACUCAGACAAAGUCAGAAUAAAUUACCAUUUAAACUAACCUGCAUGAUACUUUGCAGCUUCUAUUCUUGUUCUAUUUCUGUGUCACGUUUGACCUGAUCGUUGCAAGUAGUUUUGUGUUGCAUGGUGGUCCACUUUAUGGCAGUAACCAGAGAAAUCUUCAAUCUAUUUUUCAGUGUUUCUCUCUCUGCCACUGUGUUUUUCCCUUUUUUCUCUCCAUCCUCACUCAGUCUUCUUGCUGUCUUCCAGCCAUCCUGGGUAUGCAUACCCUGAUGAGUAACCAGCAGUACUAUGAAGCCCUGGCCAGCAGCACCAUAGUCAACAAGCAAGGCCUCAACAGUACGCACACACCUCUGCACAUGCACUGAAACUUACGUAACUGAGUCUUUUAUCUGUUAGUUGAUUGACCUGUCUUCACUUGGCUCUGAUUCAUUCGGUUCAGAGUUUAUUUCAAGAAGUAAGUGAAAUUAUCUGUAAGGAAAGCAGAUCGCUCAAAGAGUUUGGAGCAAAUAUGACCUCAUUCAAGAAACAUUUUGAGAGUUGGAUCUAAAUCAAGUAAAAUGAUCUCAUGUUGGCAGGAGGGUGGUUUAUUUUACUAAGAUGAUGGACUCACUUACAGUCAUUUUGCACUCUGUGCAUGCACUGAUAUAGUUACACAGAUUAAAACUAAGGACUGAGUCAACAAGCAGAAAAACAUGCAUAUACAUACCUUUACCUAAAACUCCUCCAAGGAUAACACUGGUGUUUUAGCUCCUCAUCUACAUCUGCACAAUGAAAACGUCUGAAUUCAGAGUUUUAUCUCUCCAUCACACACAUUAACAAACUUUUUUUUAUCCUGCACGGUGGUUAAUCAUGCAGCUUUUCCUACAGCUCAGAGACAGAGGAGGAACAUUCGAAACAUAACCAAGUCUCAGAAAGAGUGCGAGCUGUAGAUCCUCGGUUUCUCUGCUGAAAUCUCUUCUUAUUUUUGUUUUUUUUCUGCCGAUACAAAAGAACAUGAACAUUGUUGAAGCAUUGUCUUACUUUGGUGUAUUUACUAAAAAAUCCAACAGCGCAAAAACUUGUCCUGCCUUUAUCAAAUUUGUCUCUGCUGUAGACUCUGGGACUUAAACUCUUCAUGAGGGCAUGUAAAAAGUGGGGAAAUGAGCUCCAAAUGUGUUGUGUUGUGUCGUAUUCACAAUUAGACUUUGUUGAUCAACAGUUUAAAUAUGUUAAAGGUGUGAUCCAGUGCACCCAGUAUAAACCAGUCCCUGAUGAAGAGCCCAACUCCACUGAUGUUGAAGAGACACUGCAGAGGAUAAAAAGGAAUGACCCCGACUUGGUAGAGGUCAACCUCAACAACAUCAGAGUGAGUGCUAGUUUUUGUGUGCGUGUAUUUUUGUCCUUAUUCAGCUGAGAUCGCAGGAAAAGAAAAUCGUGAUCAGUCACUGAAAAAGAAGUCUGACAAAUUUUAAUUCCUUCAGUUUAGUUUUUUUCCUAAAUUGGUCAUGAUAUUAAAACUUUUGCUAAUAGUGUUUUAAAGAUUUUAGAGUUUAACAUUGGGGGAAAAAAACCCAAAACUCUUUACCCAUAAUCUAUACCACUUCUUUGAUUUUACUCCAAAUGGAGAACUUUACUUAUUGCUGCACAAAUGUUGAAUUUCAAUGGUUUUGUUUUGUAAAAUCAACCUUAAAGCUGCUUUCCGUGGUAGAAAAAAGUUUGGCUUUAAUAUGAUAUUAGAAAAUGAAAAAAUUGAACAAUAUAGGCCUAAAUCAGAAAUGUUGAAUAGACACUGUCUUUUAUUUUGCUAGUUAAUGACAAUCAUGUUGUAAUAUUUCUGUAUUGUGACAGAUUCUGAAUGUGUGUCUGCUGUACCAAAAUUUGUUAAAAGAGAAAGAGAGUGCAGAUGAAGUAUUUCUUAUCAUAAAUUAUAAUUUAAAAAAAAUAAAGCUUUGUGACAGAGUAUUAGGGCUACAUUUAUUUAAUUAAUUAUCUUUAAGAAUUAGAUUUUUUUAAUUCAAAGUCAUUUUCUCACCAGAAUUAAGUCUUUAAAAAAUCAAGCCGUGAUGUUACUUUUAGAUCAAAGUCUAAAGAUAGAGUCGUAGUAAAAGUGGUAAAGUCGAACAUGGAGUGGCUGGUUGAAUUGUUAUUCAUGUCUUGGCACAUCACCACCACAUUGUUUUAAAUGUCCUAGUAAUGCAACCCAAAUUAAUUACCUAACUAUGACUAUUUUUGUAAGAGGAUGAUUUUAUUCCAACAUUAUUCUCAAAGAAAAAAAUACUUAGAAAAAAAAAAAAUCUUAAAAAAAAAAACUGUGGCCUGAAUACUCUGUUGUACUACAGAGCAAAGAGUUAUAGAUGUAUUUGUUUUUAUUGUGUUUUUUCUUUGUGCAGAACAUCCCCAUCAAGACUCUGAAGGAGUACGCUGAGGCUCUGAUUACAAACACUGUGGUGGAGAGGUUUAGCAUCGUAGGAACCAGGAGCAACGAUCCUGUAGCAUUUGUAAGGAACUUGUGUAAUAUUUGACCAAAAAAAAAAAAACUGCUCACAAUUUAUCUAUAUAUCUUUAAUUUUCUUUAAACCCGCACUAAAAGAGCAAAGUUAACUUAAAAAGUGUUAAAAAAUGAGAAUAAUUUUGUUGUCUGAUCUAUUGGGUGUGCUGUACAUAGAAUAGCAUUUUUCUUAUAGUAUAAUACAUGUAUAGUAUCUUAAAAUAUUCUCAUUUUGACACUUUUUUGAUCAUAUUCUUUUUGAUAUUUAUUCAAGGGACUCAUUUUGGUAUUAAAUGUCAUAUUAAGGAAACCAAACAACACUGUAUCAAACUGUAUGUUUUAACUUAGGAAACCUUACAAACUAAUGUUACAGUUAAUUUGGCAUCAAGUUACUAUAGUUCAGAGCAGAUUUCUACAAACCAGUGUGCAAGUUAAGAGUAAAUUUUGUGUUUUCUCCAGGCCCUGGCAGAAAUGUUGAAGGUGAACACAACGCUGAAGAGCCUGAACGUUGAGUCUAACUUCAUCACAGGAACAGGAAUCCUGUCCCUUAUAGAGUCACUGCAGAGUAACAUGACACUACAAGAACUCAAGAUAGACAAUCAGGUACCCACUGACACACACACACACACAUCACACCUGCAGGCUGUACAGGAGCACUUACACACUUUUUUACUGUACGUUCCAUCACUCUCUUGACCACCUUCUCAACUGCAUAUUCUCUCAUUCACCCAUUCACCUAUUGCUCUCUCUGUCUGAACUGCAGAGCCAGCCACUGGGCAACAAAGUGGAGAUGGAGAUAGCCAGCAUGUUGGAGAAAAACACUACACUGCUGAAGUUUGGGUAUCAUUUCACCCAGCAGGGCCCACGCCUCCGAGGCUCCAACGCCAUGAUGAACAAUAAUGACCUGGGUGGGUUAACAUACAAAUACACUUUGUGUGUCGUAAGUUCUUUUAGGAAGUGUUUUGGAAGUUCAUGAAUUAGGCCUAAAUUGAUAAAAUUUCUGAAGUAUAUGCGCCAACUUCUGCUCUGAUGUAGCUCAUACAAGGUCUUUGAGUAGUAGACCGCAUUUGGCAGAUUUAGCUGUUAUGUGCUUUGGUGCUGACAAAUUAUCCUCACUCUAUCUCCUCAAGUUGUGCGUUAAUCACACUCUCAUAGAAGAAUCAGAGUGAUAUCAUCAGGCAGUAACUCAAAAGUGUAGCCAAGGAGGCUCAGCCAAUCAAAACAGACACUUUUCAAGUCAUGACAUCAGCGCUAAGAAAAGAGUCCGUGCAUAAGAGAGAGAGACAUGAGGGAGAAAACGAAGGCUUUUCUUAUGAUUGAUCAUGUCAUUUCAUGUGUAUGUUUUUACACUGUGAUUCUUAAACCAGCUGUGACUAAGUGUGUGUGUCAUAAUGUUGUCAUAAUGUUUUCCUUCCCCCACCAUCUUUAAGCCCGGGCCGUCAGGUCAGAGUCAGACGGCUCCUUUACCCUCACUCUGUCCGUGCCUGAGUUGGAGAGAGCCUUCGGGAAAAAGUUCAAGUCCAAGACGAAGUAAAGAUAGGACCAAAAACAGACCGCUGAGUCUUGCUUUUCUUCUUCUUGGCUCUACUCCACAUCACUGGAGUGCCCUGCCACCACCUGUCAUAUUUUCUCUGAGAGUUCCCUCUUGCUUCUCCAAAGCACCUAUCAUCACUUCUUCUGUGUUGAAAUCUCCUUUCGGCUCUCAGCUAUUGUUUCCCGUCUACUUUGGGUUGCUUUCUGAAGCUUCAGAUGCCUUCAUGGUCUUCUUCUUCUAUUUUCUUGUUGUCUAACUUUGUGCUUUGGUUUAAUCAAAGCUGUUUCUCCUGCUGCCCUGUUGUCUGGAGGCUCUCAUCCUCCCCUGCUAAGUCUUUGUCCUCUUCUUUCUACUUUAAAUUCUGCUCAUAUCAAAAGCUGGAUUGUUGAUCAGACUAUAAUUCAGAAUAAUGACUCAUAAAAACUCUUAAUAAUUGUAUGAACUCAGGAAUACUGUGAUUAUUUGACAGACAAUUAAAACAUAGUUAUAGUUUUUUGGGCAUUACUGCAUACUGGAAAAGUUUGACAGAGAUUCUUGUAGUUUGGCUAAAAGAAUGUGGAUUGAAAAGUGUUAUUUAGCCUCCAACAGUUCUGAAAUCUAAAAAUCCAGGAGUGUGGAAGAAGUUGAGCAUCACAUAUUAAAACUAUGUCUGGGAUAAAAAAGAAGACAAGCCUCCCUGUCAGAUUUGAUUUUUUGAUUUCUUAUAUUUUAACUCCCUGUUGCACAUCUGCCAGAAUUUGUAGAGCUGAAUGCUCGACAGGUUCACUGACUUUUGACCUUUUUGCUUCAGGGCUCCACAGUUUGAACAUCCAGCUCUGACGUGGUUUUUCUGAGAGCUCCUGUCAGUGCAUGUACAACAAAAAAAUGUUUUCCCUGUUUUAUUUUUUAGGACUUUCUCUCACUUGCCUCUCAUUGCUAUGCUUCAGCAAACUUUGCUCAAUUCCAGCUCAAGUUGUUGAUGAUGAUGAUGAUGAACUCAUGUCUUGCAUUUUGUUCUUUCAUCUCACUCUUUCAUCUCUGCUUUUUUUCCAUCCGUCCUUUCUCCACCUCCCCUCCGUCUACAGUAAGAAAGAGAAGGCUUGA